UAUUGCAUUGAAUUGCAUUUUUUCUGUUCAAAGAAUAGGGCACCUCAACUAUAAUAGACACUGUAAAAGCCCAGGUUUCUAUGUCUGCAAAAUUUAAAGCUUUUUAGGAUUAUUUAUAGGGUUAUUAAACCAUGCGCAUGUUUAAUAAGUUUUUUUUUUAUUGUGUUUUUAAGGGAAAGCAGUGGCUUUGUCUAAACUGCCAAGUUAAACGAGCCACUGGAUCAAGUGAACCUCAGAAUGACCGAUCUUUGGUCAGUUCAUCUUUAAAAAGUACCACCACCGCACAGACAACACUACAAAAUACUUUUGCACCAGGCUUUCCAGAGAGAAAAGGGUUAACACCAGCAGCACAACCAGCCAAGGCUGAAGUUGCUAAAGUCAGUCAUAAAGAGGCCAACCCAGCUACUGGUCAGAAAACACCUCAGGAGAGCCGGAAAACUGGUCCUCAGAAACAACCAGACCAGAAGAGCCAAGUUAAACAACAAGAUUCAGGAAGCUUCUUUAGUUUUGGGGGUUCUAAAAUUCAAUCAGAUGCUGCAAAGCCUUCAGAGUCAGUGAGUGGGAAGAUGUUCGGCUUCGGCUCCUCCAUCUUCAGCUCUGCAUCAACUCUGAUUUCCUCAGCUCAAACUACACCACCAGUUUCUCCCAAAAUGGCUGCUGCAAAGGAAUCCCCCAAGAAACCACAACAACAAAGAAAACCAGAGGAACCCCAGAAGGCCAAGAUUCCUCCAACAGUACAGCCAAUACAAGGCAAUCCUCUACCAAAGCAAGAUUCAGCUUCCCCAGUAACUUCCAAAGCAGGCCACUCUAUAUGUCCUCUCUGUAAACUGGAACUCAAUGUGGGCUGUAAAGAUCCUCCCAACUUUAACACCUGCACAGUGUGCAAAAAGACUGUCUGUAACCAAUGUGGAUUCAAUCCAAUGCCAAAUGUUAAGGAGGUGACCGAGUGGUUGUGUCUCAACUGCCAGAUGCAGAGAGCACUAGGAGCAUCAGAGCCUCCAGGAACCCCCACGAUGAAACCACAGGCCUCACCAAAUAAAGUUAUUGCAUCGGCCAAUGCUCUAAAGAAGGAAAUUUCCCAAGUAGAUAAACUUCAAGAGAAAGAUAUUCCAAAAUCUGCUGAAUCUAAAAUAAAGGAAAUCUCUGUACCAGACUCCCCUCAGAGAAAACCACCAACACCAGCUGAGCAGAGAGCCCAGGCUGAGGUUGUGAAAGGACCAGAAAGUCAGAAACAUGUCAGCCCAGCUCCUGGUUGGAAAAAUCCCCAGGACGGCCAGAAAAAAGGUCUUCAGAAACCAUCAGACCAAGCAAUUCAAGCUGGUCGUAAGCAGAGUUGUAGUGCAUCAACUACACAAGAGGAAUCUGGUGGGUUCUUUGGAUUUGGUAGUCCUAAACCUCAACCUGAUGCAUCAAAGCCCAAUGAAUCACUCGGUGGAAAAAUGUUUGGCUUUGGUUCUUCCAUCUUCAGUUCCGCGUCAACUUUAAUGAACUCAGAUGUUCAAGAUGAAUCCAAAACAACACCACCAGUUUCUCCCAAGAUGCCUGUUGCAACUACAAGCAAAUCAACUCUUUCUCAGAAACAAGGACAGGAGAAGAAAUUUGAGCAGGUCCAGCAGCCCAAGGCCUCUCCCUUACAAGCUAAAGCAGAAAAAGCUCCUCCAGAGCCUUCAAAGGGCUCGGCCCCAGCUGUUCCCAAAGCAGGGCAAUCUACCUGUCCACUCUGUAAGGUGGAACUCAACUUUGACUCUAAGGAACCUCCCAACUACAAUAACUGCACUGAAUGCAACAACACUGUUUGUAACCAAUGUGGAUUUAAUCCAAUGCCAAAUGUCACAGAGGUAAAAGAAUGGUUAUGCCUGAAUUGUCAGAUGCAGAGAGCUCUUAGUGCAUCUGAACUCACAGGACCUCCUAUGGAAUCUCCUGGUGCGGCAAACAAAAUUUCUAAAUCUGCUAUAAAUCAGAAAAUACCAGAGGAAUCUUCAAAGAAGGAAUUAUCCAAAUCUGAUGUACCUCAAAAGAUAGAGACUCCAACACAGAAUAUAGUACAAAAGAAGGGGGGUUUCACACCUCCUCAGAAGACACAGACAACAGCAGUACCGCAGACAGCUAAGGCUGCUAAAGGGCCAGCAAAUUAUACACCAACCCCUGACCAGAAAAGUCAUCUGGAUAUGUUCGGUACUUCAGGUUCUCAGAAACCAACUGAUCACUUAAGUCAACCUGUACUAAAACAGAAUAAGGUUACCUCAGAUACACAGAAGAUGUCAGGAAACCUAUUUGGUUCAAGUGGUCCUGUAACAGGCCCUGAUAAUUCAAAAACGACAGAGUCCGUGACCGGGAAGAUGUUUGGCUUUGGUUCCUCCAUUUUCAGCUCAGCCUCCACUUUGAUAUCCUCUGCUGUUCAGGAAGAAUCACGUACCACACCACCAGGCUCACGUAAGAUGUCUGCCCCAGCACAAGUCUCUCCCAAGUUGUCUUUUCCCAAGAUUUCUCCAAAAAGUACACCAGCAGUUUCUCCCAAAAUGUCGCCAGCAAAAGAGGCCAAAACUGUUUCUCAGAAGCCAGAGCAGGAAAAGAAACAAGAGGAUAAAACUUCCUCAAAGUCAGCAAAGGCAGAAACAGUGUCCCAAACACCCCCUAAUGCAGGCCAGGCCACCUGUCCAUUGUGUAAUGCGGAGCUCAAUAUCAGCACUAGGGACCCUCCGAACUACAACAUCUGCACUGAGUGCAAGUCCAAUGUCUGUAACCAAUGUGGAUUCAACCUCAUGCCCGUAGGAGAGGUAAAAGAAUGGCUAUGUCUUAACUGUCAGAUGAAGAGAGCAGUCGGAGCAUCGGAGCCCCCUGGGCUUCCCACAAUGAAAUCCCAAGCUUCACCAGGCAAAACUCCUUCACCUGCUUCAGUCCAGUUGAAGGAUUCCUCCAAAACAACUACACCUCAAAAGAAGGACAGUCCAGGCCCUGCUGUACAAAAGAAAGAGAUCUCGGAACCAGUCUCACCACAGAUAAAACCGUCCACACCGUCAGUGCAAUCAGGCAAACCUGAAGAUCCUACUUCAUCAUUAAAACAGGCAAGCCAAGUGCCCGAUCUUAAAACAACACCGGAAAGACAAAAGAAAGUUACAAUGGAACCACCUAAUCAGACAACCCAACCUGAAAGUAAGCAGAUUGAUGCUACUUCAGCCACACAGCAAGAGUCUGGAGGUUUAUUUGGCUUUGUUGGUCCUAAAUCUCAACCUGAUGCCACAAAGCCUACAGAGUCAGUGAGUGGGAAGACUUUCGGCUUUGGUUCUUCAAUCUUCAGCUCUGCAUCUACUUUGAUAACCUCAGCAGUUCAGGACCACCCCAAGACUACUCCACCAGUUUCCCCCAAGAUGUCUCCAGCAAAAGAAUUCAAAUCUCCUGCUGCCAAGAAGAAAGAAGAUCAGAACAAGUCGGAACAACCACGGCAGACCAAGGCACCCCUAUUGGCACAGGCCAAAGUGGAAAAAGCGUCAACAGAGCUCCAAAAGACUGCAGCAGGUUCCCAAGUAGCUGUCAAACCAGGCCAGUCUACCUGUCCACUCUGUAAGGUUGAACUGAACAUCGGGUCAAAGGAUCAGCCUAACUACAAUGCCUGUACUGAAUGCAAGAAUACAGUCUGCAACCAGUGUGGAUUUAACCCCAUGCCAAGUGAAACAGUGGUAAAAGAAUGGUUGUGUCUCACCUGCCAGAUGCAACGGGCUCUUGGAGAAACACAGCCCCUAGGAGCCACUGUAAACUCUCAGAUGUUUGCAAAUCCUCAAAAGAAAAACAUCACCAGCACACCGAAACAAGAAAAGAAAGAGCCAUCAGCACCGCAGUCACCUCAAAGAAAACCGUCUAUAACAGCACAGCCAGUUACAACUGAGGGUGCCAAGAGGAUAGAGAAACAGGCAAGCCCAGUUUGUUCUCAGAAAAUGCCAGAGGGGCCCCAGAAAACAGCAGCUAUUAACAAGUCACCAGACCAUGCAAGACAAACUGAACAUAAGCCGAGUAAUGCCACAGCAGUGACACAACAAGAAUCAGGGGGUUUGUUCGGUUUUGGUAGUGGGAAAACUCAACUCAAUGCUACAAAGCCUAAAGAGUCAGUGAGUGGGAAAAUGUUUGGCUUUGGUUCUUCAAUCUUCAGUUCUGCAUCUACUUUAAUAACGUCAGCUGUUCAGGACCAGCCCAAGACAACUCCACCGGUUUCUCCAAAGAUGUCUCCUGCAAAAGAGUUAAAAUCCCCUGCUGCCCAGAAGAAAGGAGAUCAGAUCAAGUCAGAACAGCCCCAGCAAACCAAGGCACCAUCAUCGACACAGGUCAAAAGCAAAGUGCCAUCAGAGCCUUCAAAGGCUGCAGCAGGCUCCCAAAGCACUGUCAGACCAGGCCAAUCUACCUGUCCACUCUGUAAGGUUGAACUCAACAUCGGGUCAAAAGAUCCGCCUAGCUACAACACCUGUACACGAUGCAGGAAUACUGUCUGCAACCAGUGUGGAUUUAACCCCAUGCCAAAUGUGUCAGAGAUGAAGGAGUGGUUGUGUCUGACCUGCCAAAUGCAAAGAGCCCUCCCAGGAACAGAAUCAGUAGAUUCUGUUCCUAACAAAGUGCCCACACCUGCUGCUACCCAAAAAGUGGCCACUGCUAAUCAGAAGACAGAUUUAGUUUCCACAAAAAAAGCAGAAGUGGCAGACAGUCCAACACCAGGUGUACCACAGAGAGAUGAAACUAAAACCCCAUUGCAAAAGGAUAUCACCCAAACAUCAACUACUGCCUCACCAGUCCCAAAAGAGACCCAAGAUACUAUUUCAGCCCCAACAAAAAAGGAUAAAACUGGUUCACCACCUGCACCUCCCACCAAAGUGACGACAGCUGUAGUCUCCGACCUCAAUAAACCACUGUCUGCACAAGCUUCUCCUGUCAUCACAGAUGUUGAAAUGUCUGUCCAAAAGAUGAGGGAUCUAACCCCACCAAGUUCUCCUGCAACUAAACAAGUACCAACAAAGAAAGAGGAGAAACCUGAAAUAGUUCACAAAUCAGCUGAUCAAAUAUCAAAGUCAUCUGAUGAAGUACAGCCCCAACAACCCCUGAACAAAGAAUCUUACCUUGUUGAAAAAUCUCUUGCCAAAUCUCCUCAACCAGCAGCACAGCCAACACAACAAGAAUCAGUACAGGUCGUCAGCUUUGGUAGUCCUAAAUCUCAGCGAGCUGACUCGAAAACCACUGAGACAGUGACUGGGAAGAUGCUAGGAUUUGGUUCAUCUUUUUUCAGCUCAGCAUCCACUUUGAUAACAUCUGCAGUUCAGGAGGAGUCCCGGACAACAGAACAAAGUUCCCGCAAAAUGUCUGCCCCAGCGCAAGUCUCUGACAAGAUGUCCGCAUCUCCCAAGUCCAGCCCCCCAGUUUCUCCAAAGAUGACUUCAGCAAAGGAACCUCAACCUCCUGCUGCUCAGAAACAACAUCUAGAGAAGGACUCAGACCAGGCUCAGCAGGCCAAGACUCCUAAACCUGGACAGACCCAAGUGAACAAAGGUCCAUCAGAGCCUGCCAAACCAGAAGCCUCCCAAGCUUCUGCUAAAAUUGGCCAGUCUUGUCCACUUUGUAAAGCAGAACUUAACAUGGGCUCCAAUGAUCUACCUAACUACAGCAACUGCACUGAAUGCAAAACCAAUGUUUGCAACAAAUGUGGAUUCAGUCCUAUGCUAAAUGUAACAGAGGUGAAGGAAUGGCUUUGUCUCAACUGCCAGAUGCGGAGAGCACUUGGAGCUUCAGAACCUCCAGGCCUUCCCAUGAUAAAACCCCAACUUUCACCUAGCAAAGAAAUCCCUGCCACCCCACAGAAGACUGAAACCCCAAUGUCAGCAUCUCAGGAAGACACCCCUAAAACACCUCAAAAUGAGCUUGUCAAUGUUGUCACAACCAAAGAAACUGAAUCCCCAAACCUUGGUGGUCCAACAAAGGAAAUGACCUCUAAAGCUGCUGCAGCUAUCACAAAGACUGGAGAGACACCUAAAGAACAACUUGGUAAACUCCAGCAGCAGUCUGCAAAAGCUGUGACUUCUACUGCUAAGUCUACUCCUCCCCAAGAUCCAGGGUCUGGAAAGCCAUCCCCACAACAGCCUCCAAAAGCUGGGACCUCUCCUGCCAAAUCUGCACCCCCACCAGCUCAGCCUGCAAAACAGGAGUCAGGAGGUUUCUUUGGCUUUGGUGGUCCUAAAACACAGCCUACUGCCGCAAAGCCUGCUGAGUCAGUGACAGGAAAAAUGUUUGGUUUUGGGUCAUCUUUCUUAAGCUCUGCAUCCACUUUAAUAACCUCAGCUGUCCAGGAUGAACCUAAAACUACACCACCGACUCCACGUAGGAUGUCCACAACAGCCCAUGUCUCUCCCAAAACUACCCCGCCAGCCUCCCCUAAAACAUUACCUGCAAAAGACACCAAGCCACCUCCUGUCCAGAAAAAUGAUGAAAAGAAACCAGAGAAACCACUACAGGACAAGAUUCCUACAACAAUACAAGUCAAAGUGGAUAAAGCUCCAGUGCCAACCAAGGCACCAGCAGACACCCAAGGAGCUCCAAAAUCAGAUAAGUUCAUCUGUCCACUCUGUAAGGUUGAACUCAACAAGGACUCCAAAGAUCCUCCCAACUACAACACUUGCACAGAAUGCAAGAUGACAGCCUGCAACCAAUGUGGAUUUAAUCCAAUGCCAAACGUGACAGAGGUAAAUGAAUGGCUCUGUCUAAACUGCCAGGUACAAAGAGCCCUAGGAGCAUCUCAACCUGCUGGACCUCCUGUAGUGAAACCACAGCCCUCCCCAAGCAAGGUUUUUUCACCUCCUUGCUCAGAACAGAAGGAUAUGCCAACAUUGAUCCAGAAGGAGAAAUCUACAGAAUCUACAGCCAUCAAAAAAGAGGUCACUCAAGCAACUCCAGACAAAAAAGAAACACCAAAAACUGAGGCCAAACUGCAAACUGCAGUUCAAACAACCGCCACAUCACGGCAAGCUUCUAUGCAAGAGACAAAGGUAGUUUCAUUUAUUGAACAAAGACAGGGGCAGUAUUUAGCUGAUCAGCAGCAGCCUGUUGGAAAGUCACAAAUACAACUUUCUCAAAUUACAAAGGCAGAAGUAAAGACAGGUCUUGCAAAGCAAGAAACUAUGAAACCACGACAACCCACAAAAUCUGUGACUGCUCCUGCCAAAUCUGUACCCCCACCAGCUCAGACUGCAAAACAGGAGUCAGGAGGUUUCUUUGGUUUUGGUGGACCUAAAACGCAGCCAACCGCAGCAAAGCCUGCUGAGUCAGUGACAGGAAAAAUGUUUGGUUUUGGGUCAUCUUUCUUAAACUCUGCAUCUACUUUAAUAACCUCAGCUGUCCAGGAUGAACCUAAAACUACACCACCGACUCCACGUAAGAUGUCCACAACAGCCCAUGUCUCUCCAAAAAUUACCCCGCCAGCCUCCCCUAAAACAUUACCUGCAAAAGACACCAAGCAACUAGCUGUCCAGAAAACUGAUGAGAAGGAACCAGAAAAACAACUACAGGACAAGACUCCUACAACAAUACAAGUCAAAGUGGAUAAAACUCCAGUGCCACCCAAGGUACCAGCAGACAGGCAAGGAGCUCCAAAAUCAGAUAAGUUCAUCUGUCCACUCUGUAAAGUCGAACUCAACAAGGGCUCCAAUGAUCCUCCCAACUACAACACUUGCACAGAAUGCAAGAUGACAGCCUGCAACCAAUGUGGAUUUAAUCCAAUGCCAAACGUGACAGAGGUAAAGGAGUGGCUCUGUCUGAACUGCCAGGUACAAAAAGCCCUAGGAGCAUCUGAACCCACUGGACCUCCUUUAGGGAAACCACAGCCCUCCCCAAGCAAGGUUUUUACACCUCCUUGCUCUGAAAAGAAGGAUAUGCCAACAUUGACCCAGAAGCAGAAAUCUACAGAAUCUACAGCCAUCAAAAAAGAAGUCACUCAAGGAACUCCGGACAAAACAGAAACACCAAAAACUGAGGCCGCACUACAAACUGCAGUUCAAACAAAAGACACAUCACGGCAAGGUUCUAUUCAAGAGACAAAGUUAGUUUUGGUUACUGAACAAAGACAGGGGCAGGAUUUAGCUAAGCAGCAGCAGCCUGUUGGAAAGGCACAGGUACAGCUCUCUCAAAUUACAAAGGCAGAGGUAAAGACAGGUCUUGCAAAGCAAGAAGCUGUGAAACCACAACAGCCCACAAAAUCUGUGACCCCUCCUAGCAAAUCUGCUCCCCCGCCAGCUCCUCCUGCAAAACAGGAGUCAGGAGGUUUCUUUGGCUUUAGUGGUCCUAAGACAGAACCUGCUGCAAAGUCUGCUGAGAAGUCAGUCACUGGGAAGAUGUUUGGCUUUGGUUCUUCUAUUUUCAGCUCUGCAUCUACAUUGAUGAACUCAGCUGUUCAAGAGGAACCUAAAACUACACCACCUACUCCGCGUAAGAUGUCCACUACAGCCAAUGUUGUUUCUAAAACUACACCACCAGUUUCUCCAAAGAUGCUGCCUGCAAAGGAGACCAAACCACCUGCUGCCCAAAAAUCAGAGCCACUUCAACAGGCCAAGGCUGCCCCACAAGCACAGGCAAAAGUAGAGAAGGCUCCACCACAGCUUGCAAAAUCCACAGAAGUGACCCAAGUUACUCCCAAAGCAGAUCUGUCUACCUGUCCACUCUGUAAGGUCAAACUCAACAUAGGAUCCAACAAUACCCCCAAUUACAACACCUGCACGGAAUGCAAGAACACUGUGUGCAAUCUUUGUGGAUUUAACCCCAUGCCUCACACAGCAGCGAAGGAAUGGCUGUGUCUGAACUGCCAGACUCAAAGGGCUUUGCUGGGAUUGGGGGGUUCGGGAAAAACACCCCAGCAUUUGCCUAUAUCUGCAAAGCCAGAGACCCAGGCCACACCUGCAACCACAAAGGCAGAGCCCAAACCUGCCCCUACAAAGAAUGAGCCUACACCUACAGCCACGAAAUUGCAGGCCGUUCCUGGCCCCGUCAAGGUAGAAACUGUUCCAACCCCAAAGAUGGAACCUACAUCUGUCAAGAUGGAAACCAUGCCUACAGGAGAUUUCAAUCAAAUCCAGCAUGGGACCACAAUCAUACACACAACAGAAAAGAUUUCACCUGCUACAAAAGUUCCAGUAUCCACUCACCAAAAGAUAAAAGAGUCUGAGACUGAUCUUCCAAAAAUUAAAAUUGAAGCAGGAAUAGCUGCAGCUUCCUCUCCCCCAGUGGCAGAGGCUACAGUUGAAUCCACCUCCCCUAUUGCUGCAGAGGAUAAUCUGGCUGUAGUGGUUCCAGGGACUGAAACAAAGCCAACAGCUACCUCUGCUCCAGAGAGGGUUAUUAGGGAAGAACAGUCUCAUGAAAAUAUCAAACUGAUAGAACCAACAAAAUCUUUAUAUCAAAUUGAGGUGGAACCAAAGACACAAGAAACACAGUUGGUAUUGGAAGCAGAACCAGUGAUCGAAGCGUACAGCAAGAAAGUGGAUAAUAAGUUGGUUGAAAUCAUUAUUGACGGCACUCCAGAGACACAACCAGUAUCUACAAAGAGCAUCAUCAUAAAAGACAAGGAUGAGACAAAAACAGAGCUAAUAAAGGAAAGAAAUGUGUCUCCACCUAGUGGACAGGAUUUCCCUGCAACAGCUACAAAGCCUAAAUCUAAAGAAGAGGAGCAUGAUGAAGAUCAACCCCAGAUUUUACCUAUAUUAGCGGAAUUAAAAGAUGGGCAGGGGGUUAGUGAUACAAGCAGAAAUGAUGUAUAUACAGAGCCAUCCAUGCCAGUAAAUGAUGAAUUUAAAGCUGAGAGAAGGAGCCUAAGUUUCCCAGUAAAGAAUGAGAGUAGUGAGAGUGAGCUUACACAAUCACCCUCACCUAAGAUCCAAAGGAGGAAGCUAAAGGUGACAAAUGUUUCGUCCAGUAGUGAGGACAUCAAAACAGAGGACACUGACUCCUCUGUUGAAGAUGAAGAGUUCAUCCGCAAGCAGAUAAUGGGUAUGGGUGAUGAAGAAGAAAUGUCUCUUUCAGAAGAUGAGAAAGAAACUACUUUAGCCAAUGAGGGACUAGUCAGGGAUGCUAAACUUGAUAAUGCUUCGGUGACAGCCAAAUCAAUGUCAAGAAAAAGUAGCAUAGAUAAAGAAGACAGUCCUGCAAGGGAAAUUGCCCUACCCAAAACUGACACUACAACUGCUCAAGAUGUUCCUGAAACAUUGUCCAGCCCAACUUUCAGGAAAGACAUUCCAGCCUUGAGACAGAGACAAAGCACUGAUGAGGAAGUAGAGAGCAUCACAGAAUCCCUGUCAAAGGGAUCAUCUAGUGUUCAGGCAUCUAGCUUUACACCAGGAUCUUCACCUACAUCAGCCUCAUCACUUGAGGAGGACAGUGAUAGCAGCCCCAGUCACAGGAAAGUCAGUGGGGACAAGCGGCAUCGCAAAGGUAAGCAUAGGCAACCAACCCAGCCUCUCCCAACAAUUGAAGACUCUUCUGAAGAAGAGAAGUCUGGGAAAGACAAAGAUGAACUCAGGGCCCAUCGUCAACCACUGUCUCCAACUGAAAAUGUUUCCUCUACAGAAGACCUGAGACAGGUCACUAUGGUGGGUGAAACCAACAGAACAACUAGCUCUGAUUACUAUGCCAGUAUAGAAUCAGAAGCAGAGGCUAGACAAGCUGUACAGAGAGGACGUAAGCCCUCACCAACAUCGAUACCAUACAAUCCCAGUGAUCCAUUUAAAGAGAGUGAUACUGUGACAAAAUCAUUGAAGAGUGCUGAAGAAGCAUAUGAUGAAAUUAUUCAGAAGACAAAAGCGAUUCUAGGGGAGAGUCCUCCUGAUAUUGAGCCACUCUAUGGAGGAAUGGCAAUUGAGGACUAUCUUUACGAAUCCUUAGUAGAGCAGCCUGAUAUAAACAUCUGUGAAUCUCAAGAGGAAGAACCCAAACAGAAUGAAGGCUUUGAAUCUCUCCAAAAACUUCGGUCACCAGAAGAGGUUUAUGAGGAAAUGAUGCAGAAAAAGAGAGAACUGAUGAUGAUAGAGCAAGAGUUUCAGCAGGCUCAGACUGCAAUGGAAUAUCCUUCCCCAGGGGCUUCAGUCACUGAGCCGCCAACAGUUGCUGAGACUUGUGUGGUAACCAUACCCACGGAAGAUACAUUCCUCACUUUGCAAAUUGAUAUAUCCCCUGCAAGCCCUGAAACUUCCAGUGAGGUACCAGUGAAGAAAAAGAAACGGCCAGCUCCACCACGCCCUUCGGAACCCCCUAAGCGCUCUGAGGGGACUGUAGUUCCCAGUACUCCUAGUGUAUCUAUAGGUUUUGUUAGGCCUAUGCUUCCUCAAGAUCCUUCACUCAGAAAAGCAUUGUUCCCCAUACCAGACCUAAAGAUUACCCAGUGUUCAUCUGGAGAGGAAGAGGAUGACAGUCUUGCAGAUGAGUAUGGUAUCGGUAUUUCCUCUGACAUUACCCCAAGUGAUGACUCUGAGACUAAAGAAGACCCAUCCAUAAGUCCACCUUUGUCUGAAACCACUGUGAUUGAGCCUAUCUGUGUGGUCUGUGAAAUUCCAGAGCCAAAACCUAUUCCAACUCCAAUAUCAGCCCCAGAACUCACCACUACACCUUCCCCUGUAUCACUAGAGUCACCUCCAACAUCUCCAGCCACUCCAGAUUCUAGUUUGGUUUCUAAUGCUACAUCUUCAUCCCCAGUCCAGGCUCAAACACCUCUUUCAUCAGAUUCAACUCCACUGUCUACACCAACACCUCCACCUUCAUUUGUUACCCAAUCACCUCCAGAGGUCCCACCACCAUUGCCUGCCACAAUUGCAGCUGUAGCGUGUAGUGGGGGCUCAUUCUCUCGUCCAACUCCAGCCACAAUAAUAGUAACAAUACCAGAUGUGGUUUCUGAUCCACCCAAAGCUCAGACAAAUGCAGUAGUUCUAGUUGAGCCUUCUACAACUGUUUUCCCAACUCAAGCCCUAAUGGAGAUAUCUACUGUUGUGGUUCAAAUGCCAGACUUAGUUUCAUCUCCAUCUCAGGUGCCUAUGGAGGCACCAGCUGUUGUACAGGCUUCAACACCAAGUCCAGCACCUGCUGUUGUCUCAGCUCAACCCACAACUCUUGUUACAGCUACACCUGCUGCAGUCUCUACUCCAGCUCCAGCUCAUGUUGUUCCUACUUCUGUCACUCUGGCCUCAUGCUCUGGGCCAGUCAUAGUCCAGAUGCCUGACCUGGUUUCAACUACAUCGCCAAUCUCUGCACAAACCCCAAUACCAGUUUCAGCACUUGUAACAACCCCUCCUCAAGCCAAAGUGGUACAUUCAGUCCCUGUACAACCAGCUGCACCAUCGGUGAGCCCAGUGGUAGCCUCAACUCCAGCUCAAACAGUCCACCUGCCUGGACCUGCUCCUGCAUCAACUACUAUCAUCAAAAAGAAGGUCCCACCCCCUCCUCCACCUCGGUCUACUUCAGUGUCAUUACCUGAGCCUAACACUGAUUUGCCAUUUGUAAAGAGUGUUCAGCAUGACACCCCAGCUAUGACUACUACCAUAGCUAUGGGAACCAGAGUAGUUGGACAGCCAAUGCAGUCUGUAGCUGUGGAUAUAAAACCAAGAAUGGAAGAGAUACAACCAGAUAGUGUGGCUGUAUCUCAUAUAGUGACCCCAAAUAGACAAGGUCAUGUAGUCAUUAUAGUCCCAAGUGGGGAAAACAUAAAUCUGCUUGGACGAACCCCACAAGAUAUAAUUAGCACAGGGUCAAUAGCGUCCACUGCUUCUUUGCCAAAAAGUACUCAUAUAGCCACAGACCUUGUCUCAAAUAUACUCGCUGAAGAUAAAGCUUCAUCAUCUACUAAGGUGUCAAGAGUGCCACUAGCUUUAACUCCACCACUUCCACCUAAACCUAUGGCAGGGACAAAAGCUGUAGACACAGUAGAAAUACCUGUUGCGGAAACACCUUCGACUGUAUUACCCCAGCGAACUAUUUAUCCAAAGCCACCAAUUUCCACUCCUGUAACGAUUGCCACAGCAACAGGAGUGACUGUUACUAUAACUGGCCCUAGUCAAACUGCCAAGCCCCCACCACCCAUACCACCUAAGCCUAUAUCAAUUCCAGCUGGACUGGUUUUCAGCCACAAGCCAGGAGAGAGUGUCAAGCCACCUCCUCCCCUUGUAGCACCUAAAGCUGCAACACUGCCCAGGACCAAAGAACCUCCAAAUGUUCUGUCACUUAGCCUAACACGACCUGUGGAAUCAAAGUUUGGUGCAACAUCUCCCAAGUCACCUUUGUCUCCCAGACAUGCCAAAUGUUUGCAAACCUAUGUGGUGAUAACCCUUCCAUCUGAGCCUGGGUCACCAACAGAGUGUAUAACUGUCCAGGCACCUGUGAGACGAGGAUCCAUCCCAGCUCCAAAAGUGUCAGGGGUACAGACCACACCUUCAGAGCAGAAAACACCCACUGAGGCAUUCUCAGCACAGGCUACAGUGAGAAGAGCUUCUGUCCCCACUGUAAGGCACCCACCUCCAAUACCCAUACCUCCAACUGUGGCAGUAGAGCAAGUCACACCCUCUGAGGGAGUUGCUUCUAAAGUCCAAACCAGGAGAGACCCUGUGCCUUCUGUAGUGCAACUACCACCAUCUGUUGCGGAUGUCAUCACAGUGUCAUCAGGUCGGGACACAAUUAUUCAGGCACACAGUGUACCUCUUCCAAUUAAGAAACCAUAUGUGCAACAACAAUCAAUUACCAAGCCACUGCUACCACCUGAAAAAAUAUCUGAGGUCAUCAUAAUGCCCCCAGAGCCAAAGGUUCUUAUCCAACCCCUAGCAGCCCAAGCCACAGCAAGAGCACAGUCUAUACCAUGUGUUGUUCAGCAUCCAAUUACAGCCCCAGUGGUCAUGGCUGCACCACUAGAGAAUUCAAAUGAAGCCCCAGUUCCUCAGGCCCCAAUACCAUCUGUACCUGUGCAGCAACAUACACUCAGAGAAGUUGUUGUUGUACCACUGCAGCCUGUGGUACCUUCAAAUGCCGUAUUUGUCCAAGAUAGACGAGCUGCAGCCCCCUCAACUGUUUUUCAUCCACAAGUUGCAACUCAAAUAGAAAUGCUACAGAAAGAGCAGGAUAUGCCUAGUGAUGUCACUCAAGGAAUUAUAAGAUUGAUAACUGGAGUAAGUCAAAUUCCUGUUCAUGAUCAAUUUGCAGUAGUUGGAGCAGUGACAGACCAAAAAUUCCCAGCAGAUACUCCCACCAUUGCUAAACUCCCAUCAGUAUUGCAAACCUUUCAGUCCUUAGAAAUUAUGCCUAUAGUAACAGAUCAGCUAUCUAUGCAGCAACCCCAACUUGUGGCAGAGAUGGUUCCUACAAUGUUUGAAUUACCUACUGAGGUUAUCACAAGUGAUGCUUUUGGUAGAAUACCAACAACAGUACCACAAACCCAACCUGAAGUAACACAAUCACCUCUUGUGAUGGAAGUCCGACAAAUGGCAAUGGAGCCAGACGUACCCCAUGUAACUUUUAUGCCACAGGUCUAUGGACCAAUUACAUCCUCAGACAUUUCACAUUCAACCCAACCACUGGAGCUCAUAGCAUUGCAGCAUGAACAUGAGACACCCACGGACGUUGAUGUAAGCAGAGCUUCAAUACCCUCAUCAGUGCCAGUUGGAGUUUUUACAACAGAGGAAACCACAAGUAGGAGGAGGACAUCUAUAUCGUCCAUAGUACAGCCAGUAUACACAACAAAUGAGAUAUUUUCCCAUCCUGUAGAAUAUGAUAUGCCCACACAAGUGGUUACAACUGAGGCCUUUGCUGCCACCAGGAGAGAAUCAAUAACCAUGCAGAAACCAUUACCAUUGGCACAGGUAAUAAACAUGCCAGCUGAAAAGGAUAUUCCCAUUGAUGGAUAUGGUGUUGAGAUCCCCUAUAGGAGUGAAUCUAUUCCUUCAACAGAACAACGGCCACAGGUGUUGACUUAUUCAUCGGAAUAUGAUCAGCCUCUGGAGAUAAUAACCACUGAGGCAUACACCAGGAAAACCCCAAUGCGCAAUGCACUGGAUAUUUCACAGGAUGUGUCUGUGGCUCCAGUCACCAUCACUAAAAUUCAGCAAGAGUCUAUUGAGAGCCAAGAGAUUCGGGGACCAGAAAAGGUGGUCUCAAGUAUGAGUCACAUGUAUUCUUCUUCAAUUUCCACCUCAGGUCAACCACCCGAAAGGCUACCCAGCAUAGUCACACAGGUGGUCACCACAGAGGUCCAGAGGACCACUGUUUCUGUUGUCCACGAAAGAAUUCCACAGGUCCCUACACCUAAUGUAGCAAUCACUAUACAACCAGACGUAGCUAAGGUCCAACCUCUGCCAAAACAAAAUGGGAAGAUAAUAUAUCCUGGUGAAGUAAUUGAUUUACGUACUAUGAAGGUUGGCAUAAGGAUGACUGAACUAGGCAUGGACCUGUCACAACCCGAGUCAUGUCGACAGUCUUUUUCAAGUGACUCUAGUGGGCGUCAAAUGACAGCUGUGCAGCCUGAGAUAGUAAAUCUUAGUCCAGAUAUAUCACCUGCAACCACGUUGUCUGUUGUCACUGACAGCAUCACAAUAGUCACAUGCACAGCCACCAUUGCCUCAUAUAACAACACUCCAGCGGAGAAACCUCUUGAUUUGCAGGGCCCUGUUACUUCAUUACCUCUGCCUCUCACCACAUGCAAACCAUUUGAACCACUAGCACAGAUUGUAUACAGACCUGUAAACUCUCAGCCAUUGUUCAAUGCUGUACCAUCUACAGCUCAGGACAUUCCCAUUAAUCUUUCCUUUGGAGCACUUGUCUCCACAGAAGUCAAACAGCCAAUGACUUUGGCCCCAGCCAGUGUUAACAACGGAGGUGCUGCACUUUCUCUAGAAGCCACAGGGGCAAUGGAUCUGUCAAACUACAGACCAGUGAGAGCUAUGGUAGCUUUGUCUGGCACAAGCCCGGGAGUGGUGACCACUGUUGUAGAGGACGAGGGAACUCCAGUUGACCUUACAGCUAGUAGGAGGAGUGUAUGCUGUGAUGUCAUCUACAAGCUACCAUUUACAGGAAGCUGCAGAACACAGCCCCCGGUUAUAACCCAGCCUGACAACCGCUUCGGCUACAGAGAUGACCACUACCAAUAUGAUAAUGCUGGAAUUUAUGGUAUCAAAGGCAUGAAUGGUAUAAAAGCAUCAAUGUCUGAGACCAACCUGACAGACGCAGGACUUUUCUCCUAUGAUCUCAAGAAUGACUAUGACUAUCUAAGUGGAUCUUCAGAUGGUGCUGUCGACCUCACUGCUGCCCAGCUAUCUCCUGGUAAUGCUCUAGACUACAAUAACAAAGCUACUGGAAUCUACCAUGGGACGACUACAGCUCCAUACUCCCAGGUCCUUGCAGCUGGGUUCGGUGUGAAUAGUGUUCUAAGAAUCUCAGAUGGAAUAGUUUACUCCUCUGUUGCUGCCCCAGUUCCAUCCACAUAUGCAAUUACAACUCAACCAGGCUCCGUCUUUAGCACAACCUUAACACCUACAUCAACCGUCCAAAACCAGUCAUUGCCACAUCCAUAUGGCUUCAUUCCCACUACAGAACUUGGACAGAUAAUUCCUUUUGACACACGGCUACCUAAGGAGCUUCUACCCACUGCUUUAGCUGACAUUAUAACAGGCUAUCCGGAUAUGUACUCAGACACCACUCUGGAAGCAAUUGCUGCCUCUCUGGAUGCCUUGGCUUCUUCCCCAAUAUUCCCUGGCUUAGACAACACCAAGAUGGCCCAGUAUCAGAUGGAGAGGGAGUUUCUAGAGCUAGAGAAACUCAAGCAGCUAUGUCUUGCUGAGGAGCUGGAGUGGGAGAGGCAGGAGAUCCAGCGCUACCGUGAACAAGAGCAGCUUAUGGUUCAAAGGGAGCUUGAGGAACUUCAGGCUCUGAAACAGCAGCUUCUCUUGCAGCAAGAGGAAGAACACCAUGCCCACGUGGUUGCCCAGCAGGAGACCUAUGCCCAACAGAAAGAGCAACUGCAGCAAAUCCAACAACUACAACUACAACUCCAACGCCAGCUUGAUGAGCACUAUUGCACUACUGAUACCACAGGAAACCUCCUUGAUGCUAAAUAUGCAGGAGUAGGGGAUAGUGGCCAGUACUGGCCUGUCAAAGAUGAGUCUACAACUCCAUUGUUUGGAACACAUUUAAAGGAAAGCCAGGAACAACAUGUUUUUUUAAAUAAACUACAAGCUGAUCAGGACACAGGUAAAAAAAUUAUUGACAGUGGAGUGCAGACCGAUGAUGAAGACUCAGCAGAAAAGCAGCCUGUAGGAAGGAGAAAGAAGAACAAGAGGAAUAUUGAUAGCUCAGCUCAGACUGAUGAUGAAGACCAAGAUGAAUGGGAUGCCCCUACGAAAGCUCGACGACGCUCUCGAAAACAUAGCAGUGAUGGGAAACAUGGCUCUAAGGUUUCUAGCAUUGCUAUCCAGACAGUGGCAGAGAUAUCUGUCCAGACUGACCAUUCUGGAACUAUCAAACGACCUAAUGUCCAGAUGGACACUAAGGUGGAAAUCAUCAAACAUAUCUCAGCUCCAGAGAACUCUCACAGAGGUGGCAGUCUGAGCUGUCAGACAGACUCGGAUAGAAGGCACACACCUAUUGAAGUGGGCUACAGCACACACCUAACAGCAGAUGUCCCUUCUAAGUCUAAAGUCUUCUAUACUGCAGUCCCCCCCCUUUCCCAAGAAAAGUCCUACGGAGGGCAGAGGAUGCUAACUGCUGACCCAACCAGAUUUUCUUCUGGCCCUAGGAUAUUGAAGACUGGUCAUAAGUCUCUAUCUGAUCCUAUAUCUCUUAGUCCUACCAUGGAUGCCAGGAUGAGUGGAUACAAUGCAGACAGCUAUUCUGGCCGAGGCUCUCCCUCUAGCACAGGAAAGAAGGUAAAACGGACACUACCAGACCCCCCUCCUGAGGAUGAUUCUCUGACUGGACGGUCAGGGUACAGCACCAAUUCUGCACGUCGCCGUCUUGCACGCAGUACAACAAUGGCUCGGGCAAAGAUCCUGCAGGACAUUGACAAGGAGCUUGAUCUGGUAGAAAGAGAAUCUUCUAAACUUCGCAAGAAACAGGCUGAGCUAGAUGAAGAGGAAAAAGAGAUUGAUGCCAAGCUUCGGUACCUGGAGAUGGGUAUCAACAGACGUAAGGAGGCCUUACUGAAAGAAAGAGAGAAAAGAGAGAGGGCCUAUCUCCAGGGGGUGGCAGAAGAAAGAGAUUACAUGUCAGACAGUGAGGUUAGCAACAUCCGAGAGACUAGGGAUGUUGGACUGGAGAGACCACGGACGGCUCCCCAAUCAGAGUUUGACCAAUUCAUCCCCCCACAGACAGAAGCUGAUUCCCAGUACAACACACUAACUAGUCCCUACUCUCACUAUGCCCAGUAUGUUCCCCAGACCCAAACAACCAGUCACUAUACCCAACAGAACCUAUAUGAACAGCAGUCCCUUUACCACCAACAGGUGUCUCCUUACCCCACUCUAUCCCUCUCCCAUGCCCAGGCUCAGCCUAGUAGCUACCAACAUGCUCUGCUUUUGCAGCAGGGAAAGCAGCGACAAACAACCUUGUCUGAUUUAGAGCCUAAAAUCACCACUAACUAUGAAGUUAUACGCAACCAGCCUCUGCUUAUUGUACCAACCUCCACAGAAAGUGGCUAUGGAGUGGCUCACCUCGGGGGCAAGUAUGGCAACUUGGACUUGAGGCUAGGGAUAGAGGAGAGGAGCAUGGCCUCUAGUCCCAUGUCAAGUAUUUCUGCUGAUUCUUUCUAUGCCGACAUUGACCACCACAAUGCCAGGAACUACGUACUGAUAGAGGACAUAGGGGAGCUCACCAAGGCUUCAACCGGACUGAGCACCACCGGCUUGGGUUCUGGAUUCAACCUGGCUGAUAAGGAGUUGUCCAAGGCAGACAGACUACUCAGAGCAGCGGAAGUUAGGCGGACAGCAGAGGUGGCAGAUUUUUUAGGCUCAUCUCGUCUUCAUGGUUAUAGUAAAGGAGAAGAUGACACUAUGGAGGAGCCUUAUGAGCUAAAAUUACUGAAGCAGCAGAUCAAGCAAGAGUUCAGGCGAGGAACUGAGGGGCUAGAACACUUAACAGGUUUGGGCCUACCACAGUAUCUCCCAAAUGACAGCAGUUUCCGCCACUUUCCUAAAGGAGAGAAAUAUAGCAUUGGCAGGCUCACCCUUGAAAAACAGGCUGCAAAGCAACUCCCAGCAGCUGUGCUUUAUCAGAAACAGAUGAAGAACAAAAAGGCCCUAAUAGACCCAAAAGCAAUCUCUAAAUUCUCCCCAAUUCAGGAGAGUAGGGACCUGGAGCCUGACUUUGGCAGCUACAUGGGAUCUAGGGCCUCAUCUGUGACCAAUCUGGCUGCUAGGGCUAGGUUGCUUCAGGAUGAGAUUACAUUUGGGCUAAGAAAGAACUUGUCCGAGCAGCAAAAAUACUUGGGCUCCUCCCUGGGGGGCAACCUAGCUGGUUCUCUUAAUCUUGGGCAGUCCCUUGGAUUAGGAUCCACUAUCAGGGCCACUGUCCAGGAUGAUGGCACCUACCCAAGUGGUACUCGUUCCCGACCUUCAUCUCGCCCCUCCUCCCGUCCCUCUUCUGUCUAUGGCUUGGAUCUAUCUAUAAAACGGGACCUAUCCAGCUCCUCACUUAGACUUAAAACAGAGGGAGAGGUCCUGGAUGCAGCAUUUGCCCCUGGGGUUGCCAGAGCAAAGCCAACUAGUUUACCUAUCAGCCAAAGCCGGGGCCGUAUCCCCAUUGUGGCUCAGAACUCUGAGGAAGAGAGCCCUCUGAGCCCAGUGGGGCAGCCUAUGGGUAUGGCUAGAGCCUCGGCUGGACCUCUCCCUCCCAUCUCUGCUGACUCCAGGGACCAAUUUGGGUCUAGCCAUUCCCUGCCAGAGGUACAGCAACAUAUGAGGGAGGAAUCUCGGACACGUGGCUAUGAUCGAGACAUUGCAUUCAUCAUGGAUGACUUGCAAGGUGCCAUGUCUGACAGUGAAGCACUAAGUGAGUCCAUGCUGGCUUUGAACAGAGAUGAUGCCAGAAUCUUUCAUGAAAGUAUCAGACACGCUGGAGGCCCAAACUGGAAUAUAGAAGCCUACAACCUGAGAAGAGAGGAUACAGAUUGGUUUGACAAGCCAAGAGAAGGGCAUCUGCGUAGUGGAAACAUGUCAGACAGGAGACAGAUGAAAUUGGUCCCUUAUGCCUUCCCCCACACUCGCAUCAAGCUUAAGAGAGACCAAAAGGACACCAGUGUGUCAGGGAAUGGACUUGGGAUCCGUGUAGUGGGUGGGAAGGACAUUCCAGGGAGAAGAGGAGAGAUUGGAGCCUACAUUGCCAAGGUUAUCCCUGGUGGUGUGGCCGAACAAACAGGAACAAUUGUAGAGGGAAUGCAGGUGUUGGAGUGGAAUGGAGUCCCUCUGAUGGGAAAGACUUAUGAAGAAGUGCAGUGCAUCAUGGGCCAACCAUGUGCAGAGGCGGAGCUCUGCGUGAGACUCGACCUUAAUAUGCUGUCUGACUCUGAGCACCCACAAGCCCUGGAGCACCAUGUCCAGCUUAAGGCUGGUGGGCAGCGUUCCCCUGGGGUGGAUCCUAAUCAGUUGGCCGCAGAACUGCAGAAGGUGUCGCAGCAGCAGGCUCCUGGUACGGCGGGUACAGGGGUACUGCCUGGGGGGUUGGGGGUUCUCUCUGCACUAGAGCGCACUUCAAUCCUCCACUCAGGUACUGGAUCGGCUGCCUCCAGUGGUGUGCCAAGCCCUGGCCAGCCUGCUUCUCCUGCCAUUAACAAAAAACAGCGACACAAGACAACAGAGGUGAUGAAUAUGCCUCACCCCAUCACUGGAGAAAUUCAGCUCCAGAUCAACUACGACAGAAACCUUGGAAACCUGAUCGUCCACGUCCUGCAGGCCAGGAACCUAGCCCAGAGGGACAACGACGGCUACUCUGACCCCUUUGUCAAGGUCUACCUCCUACCAGGGAGAGGCCAAGUCAUGGUUGUCCAGAAUGCAAGUGCUGAUAACAAGAGAAGGACCAAGUAUGCCCAGAAGACAAUGAACCCAGAAUGGAACCAGACUGUUAUCUACAAGAACAUUCAUUUGGAACAGUUAAAGAAAAAGACGCUGGAGGUGACAGUGUGGGACUAUGACAGAUCAUCCUCCAAUGACUUCCUUGGAGAAGUGUUGAUUGACUUGUCGAACACUGCCCAGCUGGACAACACUCCUCGCUGGCUGCCUCUGAUGGAGCAGAGUGAGAGUAUUGAGCACAGCAGAGCCCAUCAUGGUACUCAAGGCCCACCAGGCUCUGGGUCAGGUCUGGGUCCUGGCCAAGGCCAGGGCCAUAUGUCAGGGCCUGGGUAUGGUAUGGGACAUGGUUUAGCACCAGGACAGGGAGACGGGAGUCAUGAUUCACCCAAAAACUCUGUAAUCAAGAGCAGAAGUCAUGGAAUCUUCCCUGACCCAGCUAAAGAUGUGCAGAUGCUCCCUUUGGAAAAGUCCCACAGCAGCCCAGGCAGCUCCAAGUCUUCCUCCGACGGCCAACUGCGCUCCCAUGGACCCUCCCGGAGCCAAAGCAAGAGUAGCGUCACUCAGGCCCACCUCGAGGAUGCUGGGAUAGCCAUUGCUGCCGCCGAGGCUGCCGUCCAACAGUCCCGUCUGCAACCAAGACCAGGACACCGGCUGGCCGACGUCUCGGGGUCAGUGGUGCUCUCCGCCCCCAGUCUUGUGGGAGACGCCUAUGGAGGUCUGGAUGGGGAAGAGGGGGCGGGCACCGGAGUGGACAGUGCCAUUUUUCAAGUGCCACGCAUUGGUAAGACUAUUCCUAACGGCACUGACAAAAACCAACUAGGGACACCAGAAAAUGAAGCUGGUAAAACACAAGUAAUGGGGGAGAUCAAGGUCGCUCUCAAGAAGGAGGUGAAGACGGAAGGGGACCAAUUGGUUUUGGAAAUCCUUCAGUGCAGGAACAUCACCUACAAGUUCAAAAGCCCAGAUCACCUACCAGACCUGUAUGUGAAGCUGUAUGUGGUGAAUGUGGCCACUCAGAAGAGGAUCAUCAAGAAGAAAACCCGAGUUUGUCGACAUGACAGGGAGCCUUCUUUCAACGAGACCUUCAGAUUCCCUCUAAACCCAACGGGACAUGCCAUACAGCUCUUCUUGGUGUCUAAUGGAGGGAAGUUCAUGAAGAAGACGCUGAUCGGGGAAGCCUACAUCUGGCUCGACAAGGUGGACAUGAGGAAGAGAGUGGUGAGCUGGCACAAGCUCUUCGUCAGCUCCACUCAGACCAACCCCUGAGCACCGCACCAAGAAGGAGAAGCCGAUCGACAAAAGGUGAAGCCGGUGUGAACUACUUCAGAGAUCCAAUCUCGAAAAAAAUGGAUAAAGCAAAAAAAAAGAAAAAUAUCGAGAAGAGGAUAGAAAAAGAUCCAUUUGAUUUACUUCCUCGGUUGGUCAUUUAUGAAGGAGGAGGGCAUUAUGUGCUAAUACCAUAGCAAAUGUAUCAGUCCAACACUGCCAGCACACAUCCACCUCUUGACACGUCGAGUACCUACCGGUUGUGGACUUUGCUUGUAGGAUGCAAAUUCCACAGCAGGCACUGAAACAGACUGCAGCAAUAUGGCUUUGAGCGCAGUGAUGUCUUUCCUACCAUAGUUCCAAUUCCAUAAUCCUCAUGACACAUUGUUUUUUUGGUGUUGUGCAACUGAGCUGACAUAUCUGUCAACGGGAACGAUUAUUUUGAAAAAGGGUGAAUUUCACUUUAAUCGCAGAACCAUCAUCUGAAUAAGCAUAGUGUUUGAUCAUAUGACAGUCAUAGUUGUAAUGCCCAAAUGAUGGUUUUGAUGUGUGUGGACAUCAGUGUCUUUAAUGAUGAAGGAAUGCAUUUUGUUUUUAGAAAUAUGUCAGUUUUAUCUUACAAAAGUAAAAUAAAAAAAUGAAUUAAGAAAGCCUUUAUCUAGAAUUUAGUCAAACAGUUGACUUUUGCUAUGGGAUGAAGAUAACAUGUACAGCACUUCAGAUGUAGAUAUCACACAUACAGAGUACAGAACAUAUCAGAGAAUCACAUGAACAGUGUGGUGUUUAUGUAUCAGAUAUAUCGGAUAUCAGAUUCUGAAUAUAUCUAAAUAUGAUAUACAUAUAAUAUAUGAUUCACUUGUCAGAUGAUUAUAUAUGAUUAGAUAUACACAUCAAUUCUGCUAGAUGGAGGAUGUGGGUGGCGCACUGACAAUCCAAUAGGCUUCUUUGGUCUAUGGUCUAGGCAGUUGUAAAAAAAAAAAAAGAAAAAAGAAAUGCCAUGUGAAUGUGGACCUAUGUGAGCUCAAGGAUGUUCUUGAAAAUAGCUCCUUUAGUCCUCUGAACACACUGAUGCACCACUAGAUAUUCAGCAUGGCUGAGAUGGACCUUAAAUAAAGGUCAAGGUCAACAUCCUGUGGCACGUUGCUAUUUCACUGGCAUGCUUAGACUUACAAAUACAAGGAAUAGCUUCUCGUGCUCCGAAGCCCAAAGCACAUUCUGCGUUGAAUGUGAAAAACCAAUCGUUGAGGAUGACACCAAUUGAUCCCAUCUGUGUCAUGUGUCCAGCAUUUUGAUUUUAAGGCUGUUGUAGUUGCUCAGAGAAUGCGAAUAUUUAUUUUUCUUUGUGUAAUUGCACUGUUGGAAUGGAUAUGUGAUUCGCACACACCAUGUGUCAAAACCAUACGUUGACCUGCAACUGUCAUUACUUACGUAUGACAGCCUUGCUGUUCUUUGUGUAUUAGUAAACAAAAAAAAAAACCUGGACUGAGAUUUACCUAAAAAUAAAAUGAGGAAAAAAACUUGUUCCUAUCAGUCAAACGUCAAGGUUCCUCUGUGUGUCUGGAUGUGCUGUAAAACUAUAAUGUUUUAUGUCAGUGACUCCCGUUGUUACACAGUGAACCAGCCUCUUUCACUGCCUGUGACUCUCACUCAGGCCCUCUGGGGUUCAGGCAUGUGUGGGUGAGAAGAAAACAUGGAGCCAUGUGCUAAUGGUUGAGCAAGUGAGCCAUGAAAUCAUCCUGAAAUGUUUUGCCACCAUAUCUACAGAGUGAUAGCAAGUGAUUAAGUGAUCCUUUGUCAGUGUAUUUAGGCAUAUCAUAGGGCUUAUGCAAUUUUUUUUCAGAAUUAAAUAUACAACAAAUACACUAAGAACAGGAGGUCACUUGAAUCUUACAGCAACAGUAAAAUAAAAAGAGGACAUACAAUGAAAGGAAACAUGGUUGAUUUUUUCAGAUAAUUGUUUUGCAGUGCCAACCCUUAUUUCCCCCUGACUCAUUAGUUCUUUUGAAGUACUUCUAUGCAACAUAGAUGUGUUUGAAUGCAUUAGUUUUGUGGAAUAAAAUGAUUAAUGUGUGCACAUACAGUCUUAAAAUAUGUCUAUAGAAAAUAACUUUAAUUUGUACAUCAUUGAAAGAAAAUAUUAGAUAUGAAAUUACAUAUAUGAUUUUUUUUACUGGUUUUAAUAUAUAUAUAUAUAUAUUGAUGUUAAAAGUUAUUAACAUCUAUUUGAAGCUUGUGCACUUUAUUAUUACAUAGUUAUUUUCUUCUUGUCUCAUUUUUAACUUAUCAUGACAUGCAAGAUUACGUGUUUUGUGUUUCUGCACUGAAAUGAACAGAAUCAUGCCGUAUGUGGUGGCAGAAAAUAUUGUGGUGUACAUUUUGUAUCUUUGUGUCAAAAGAAAAACAUGCAAACAUGUCGGGGUUAUGAAACACAAUGCACAAUCCGGGGAGAAAUCACCCUCAGAACAUCUUGUCCAUGGUCUACUGAACAGUCGGUGUACAAAGUACAGUAAAAAAAAGACGUAUUCCCUCCGUGCUCAGUCAUGACUGUUUAGCCCCUCGUGUUUCAUUAGACUUUCCUCGAGCUAAAUACUGUUUGUUUGUUCAGAUCAGCUGUUGCCUGUAAUUGUGAAUCCAUCCAUUUGUUGUCGUCCUGAAGGGGUGUGAAUGUGAUUCGAGUCGUUUGACAUGUGUACAUAAAGUGUUUAUUUUCUACAAAGAUUGAAUGUUUAUAUUGUCCAAGGUUUGCGCAUGUGAGUGUCGACAAAAAGAAGAAAAAAAAACUAAAAGACUUACAAUUGUACAGCAUUGUGUGUCUGUAGUUGUGUAAGGGGAGUUGACUGUGUAAUCAAAACAUGUGCUGUCAACCAAUGACUGUCUGUACAACCAUGUCCUGUAAACAGCUGAAAAGCAACACAAAGGGAAAAAAAGAAAAUGUCAAAUCAACUUCAAUAGUUAUCUGAGACUUAUGUUUGGGAUGUUGCAUGUUUUGUUGAUGGUUUGUCAGUAUAUUUUGCCUACAGAUUAUGUUUAAAAAGAGACAGAAUAUGUAUAGAUUUAUCUGUAUGCUGGCUGUAAAGAAAUAUGUUCACUUCAGUGUAAAAACAAAGAAUCUAAUGUGAUGGUUUUGUGGUUGUACACGGGAUGUGUUCAGAUAAUAUGCAAAUUGUGCUGUAAAAAAAAAAGAGCUGUUUCCCCUGAGUCUAAAGAAUAAAUAUUAAGAGAAGCUAUAUUACA